AUGGCAAAGAAAAAUUUCCCUCUGGGUUGCUUUGUUGUUUGCAUGACCAUAAUCCAGUUCAUAGCUUCAAUCAGUUUCUGCGCAUCCCAGACCCUCACAAACGAAAUUAGUACUAGCACAAAGGCCAUUUUCAUAUUUGGUGACUCCACUGUAGAUUCUGGCAACAACAACUUCAUAGAUACUAUUCCUGAGAACAAAGCAGAUUACAAACCAUAUGGACAAAACGGGUUUUUCCCACAACCAACGGGACGAUUCUCAGAUGGUCGUAUCAUCGUAGAUUUCAUAGCUGAAUAUGCUAAGCUUCCACUAAUUCCACCCUUUUUGCAACCAAAUGCUGAUUAUAGCAACGGUGUCAACUUUGCUUCUGGUGGGGCCGGUGUUCUUGCUGAAACCAAUCAGGGACUGGUGAUUGAUCUUCAAACACAAUUAAGUCACUUUGAAGACGUGAGGAACUUGUUAUCAGAAAAACUUGGUGAGAAGAAAGCAAAGGAGUUUAUCUCCGAAUCAAUUUACUUCAUUAGCAUAGGAAGCAAUGAUUACAUGGGGGGUUAUCUGGGUAACCCCAAAAUGCAAGAAAUCUACAAUCCUGAACAGUAUGUUGGAAUGGUCAUUGGAAACUUGACACAGGCAAUCCAAACUCUAUAUGAGAAAGGAGCAAGAAAAUUUGGGUUCCUAAGUUUGUCUCCUUUGGGUUGCUUGCCAGCUCUUAGAGCCCUAAACCCUGAAGCCAACAAAGGAGGUUGUUUCGAAGCAGCUUCUGCUCUUGCUCUUGCACAUAAUAAUGCUUUCAGUAAUGUUCUCACAAGCCUCGACCAUUUCCUUCAAGGAUUCAUGUACUCCAACUCUAAUUUCUAUGAUUGGCUUCGAGAUAGAAUAGACAACCCCACAAAAUAUGGUUUUAAGGAUGGAGUUAAUGCUUGCUGUGGAAGUGGACCAUACGGGGGCAUGUUCAGCUGUGGGGGAAGAAAGAAAGUGACAGAGUUCAGCUUAUGUGAUAAUGGUGGCGAUCAUGUAUGGUGGGAUGCUUUUCACCCAACAGAGAACAUCCAUCACCAAUUCGCCAAGGCAUUAUGGAAUGGACCAUCCUCCUCAGUAGGGCCAUACAAUUUACAAACACUCUUCUCCAACAACCAGAUCAAGCUCACCAUUGCUGAUAUAGUUGAUGCCCCAGAAAAUCAUCAAGAUCAUCAAUUUCAGUACUGA